AUGGGUCUUGAUGAUGUCUAUCAACCUGUAAGAACUAAUAUGUUAACUAGAGAGCCAUUACCUUCAGUCAAAGUUGCUUUUUCAAUUGUGUCCAGAGAAGAAUCACAUAGAAAUACAAGUGUAGGAUCUAAAAGUCAAAAUGUUUCUUUGAUUUCUAAAACAACUCAGUCUUUUGAGCAGAAAAGAAAAGAAUUUAGAGGUCCUAAUCCUAACCUUAAAUGUACUCAUUGUAAUAAAAUUGGUCAUACAGUUGAUAGAUGUUUUGAGUUAGUUGGGUACCCUUCAUGUUUCAAAAAGAAAUCUGGAGGUCAAGGUGGGAAAAACUUUUCAAAUACUAGAUCAAAUGUGUCUUCUGUUCCAUCUGUGUCACCUUUUUCUCCAGAGGAGGUUGCUAAACUUUUGAGCUUUGUGAAUGAAAAAACAAGUAAUGAAUCACAGCCUUCUAAUAUGGGAGGUGAGUCUAAGUGUGGUUUUAAUUCUUUAGGAGAAUUUAUGUGUUGUUCUAGUUUAAUUAACUUUGGUUUUGAUUGUAAUUGGAUUUGUGAUUCUGGUGCCAACCAGCACAUGGUCAAAUCUGAUAAAGAUAUGUUUGAUUGUAUUGAUGUGUCUGAAUUUGACUUAACUGUGUCUCACCCAAAUGGAACUAAAGCUAAAGUGCCAAAAAUCGGUAGUAUAAAACUUGCUGAAAAUGUUGUUUUAAAUGAUGUGUUCUUUGUGCCUACUUAUAGUGUUAAUCUUCUAUCUGUAUAUAAGUUGUCAAAAGAUAAUCAAAUUACUGUUAUUUUUAAUGAGAACACUUGUUUACUUCAGGAUUCGAAAUCAGGGAGAAUCCUGGUGACUGGUAAACAUGAUAAUGGGCUAUAUUUUUUAACAAAAGGUGGUAAUUCUGUCAAUUUGUGCUUUAAUAGUUUGAAUAACAGCAAUUUAUGGCAUAGUAGGCUAGGACAUCCUGCUGAUCAGAUCUUGUCAAUAUUAAAAGAUGAUUUAGGUGUUGUUGAUGUUGCCAAACAUCCAUGUGAAACUUGUCAUAGGGCUAAACAAGUUAGAGUUCCUUUUCCUUUGAGUGAACAUAAAACAAAAAAUGUAGGUGAUAUUGUUCAUUUAGAUGUUUGGGGUCCAUAUAAAGUAACUAGUAGAGAUGGUUUUAAAUAUUUCCUAACUGUUGUUGAUGAUUACUCUAGAGCUGUUUGUGUUGAGGUAUUAACAACUAAUCCUAUAAGUCCCAAUGAUGAAGAGGGGAGUCAUGAAUCUCAUGAGGUUACUGGUGAUGAUCAGCAACCAAUUCCCUUUACAUCUGCCACUCCAAGUAAUGUUGAACAUCAACAUUCAACAACUGGAGUUGAAAGUAGUAGUAGUGAAGGAUCUGGUAGGGCAGAGGACACUAGUACCUCAAAUGAUGAGAUCAGCCCAUCUGAGGGAACAAGUUCUUUUAGGAGGUCAAAUAGGAAAGUUGUUUUGCCAAAACGUUUUGAAAAUUUUGUGCUGAAUACUAAAGCUAAGUACAGUUUAGAUAAAGUUGUUAACUAUUCUUGCUUGUCUAAUGAUAAUUUUUGUUUCACUACAUCUCUAAAUAAAAAAAUCGAACCCUCUUGUUAUGAGGAAGCAGCCAAAGAUCCCAAGUGGAUAGAGGCUAUGAACAAAGAAAUGGAUGCUUUGUUCAGAAAUAAUACCUGGGUUCUAACUGAUCUUCCUCAAGAUCGAAAGGCUAUUGGGUGUAAAUGGGUGUAUAGAGUUAAGUAUAAAUCAAAUGGAGAAAUAGAAGGUUUAAAGCUAGAUUAG